ACUACGGGGGAUGCCACAUGCUUCUACAGCUCCCCAAUCUGAUCCUCCCACUACGCAACCCGUAGGAGAUCCGAGCCGAUCAGGGGGUUUGGAGCCCGAUCGCCUGUGCAAGAGGCCAAAGACCGCCACGCCGAAGAUGUUUGCGUCUGUCAUGGCUCGGGAAGCUGCUAGCCACGCUUGCAGUCGCCCAGGGGGGCGGCCCCGGGAUCCCGCCCCGUAGGAGGUUGCUGGGAGCUCGUAGGGCAAGGAGUGAGCUGGGAAGUCAUAGUCGAGCAAAGGGGCCCAUCCAGCCAUGGUGUGAGAUCUUUGCCACACUUGAGCCUACUCCAAGGAUGAGCCCUUCCAGGCUCUCUCUGUGGGUGGGCUGCCCGAGGGCGAGGCGUCCGACGCUCUGGUGGCACAGUGGCCGGGUCUCACCCUCGGCGACUGGGUCUGGACGGACGGCAUGGCGUCCGCGACUUAUGCCCUAGGUGCUCUCAUUCCAGACAUCACCAGGCAAUUGUAUGGUUCACCUUCUGAAGUGCUGAUUGAGAAGGCUGCCAAGUCUCUGGUCUGGAACCUACACUACUACACAAUGCUAGUGGACUGCAUUUAGGAUGCUGGUAUGAUAAUCAGUAGCCUAGGGGAUAGGAAUGCCGAGCUCCAUGGCCAGGUCAAGGAGUUGAAGGCCGGGGCGGGGCCAGAGGUGAUGGCAGCUACCGAGCAGCGGGUCAUCAACCUGGAGGGCGAGGUUGCACGGUUAAGGUCGGAGCUUGAGGGCAUUGGGCAGCAACAAGCAAGUCUCCGUGAGCAGUUGAAGGAGUCCCGCGAUUGGGUCCGCUCGAUGGAGAGCGAACUGCUGGGCCUAUCUCGAAGCUUGGAAGAGGCCCAUUUGUCAGCGACGAAGGCCGAGGAGGCUUUGGUGGAGGAAACCCGAGUGGCUCCUGCAAAGACCAAAAGGGCGAUCGAAGAGUAUAAGGAGUCCCUCAGGUUUCAGCUCAGGCUGCAACGGUUGGGGCAGGUGUUGUAUGAGUAUGGAUACCGAGUCAUAGUGUCACGAUUUCGGGAUCGAUUUCCUGACCUCUACUUUGACGUUGAUCCCUUCUCGUGUCACCCCGAGGACGAAGACGUUGAGAUGCCUGUGGUGGUUCCUUUUGAUGACUCCGUGGAUACCCUUGGGGCCUGAGUGGCGUCUCCCUUCUUUCUUUUUUGGCGUCAUUCAUAGCUAUUUCAUUUUGUAUGCUGCGAUCAACUGGGUGAUGUAAAAGGUCCUUUUUAUUAAUGAAAAAUUUCCUUGCUA